GACAUAGAUGACAUCACAGAUAAUAUCCAGAAAAAUCACUACCCAAGAUGUCCCUCCAAAACACCUUUCAGCCCAUCAUAACAAUAGACAAAGACCUCCCAAUGGCUCAAUAGCGCCGCAUCAUCUACAUCCGUCCAUUCCUCCUCUUUUAUCUCAACUCCCUCAUCGCAGAAAUCAUCUCUUUGCCGUCGGCGUCUGCAUCAUGACCGGCACCCGCGACCUCUUCUAUAAAGUCAUGUGGACGCUCGUCUUCUGUCCGCUAGGUAUGGGCGGCGCCAUGGGGGGACUGAUAAAUUGCUUUAUUGUUGAUCACUAUUAUGGGAAGAAGGCGGCUCACUUUACGGGUAUUUUGUCGUUGCUGGUUUUGAGCGCUUGUAACUAUCUGUGCUAUAAUUUGUACAGGCAUUUUGGGUGGUUUGGGGCCAAUGAGCAUUUAAUGUGGUUUCAUUGGCGGUAUCCGAUGAUUUGGACUGUUGAUUACUGCAAUGGGUUGCUUAUGUUUACGGAUAGGGGGCAGGAGAGGCUUGCUAGGUUGGGGUUGUAGGGUAUCAUGAUAUCCUAGCUGGGACAUUGAUCAUCGGUCAUGAUCAAUGCCACAAUUGUACCUAUUAUAGGUCUCUCUUCAACAAAUUUCUCCAGGGAACAGGGUCGUGGCUUGAAAAAUUGGCUGAGUGAGUAGCCGCGAG